UUUUAUCACAAAGCACCCUGACAUCAGCUGAGCGGUCUCGGGCUGGGCAGUGAGAGAGCAAACCAUAACAAACAUGGCGGGUCUUAAAGCACUAGUGACCCUCGCCUUCGCCACCACCAUCGGCCUCACCUUCCUGUUCUUGGCGUGUGCCUUGCCGCAGUACAACAACUGGUGGCCGUUCUUUGUGGUGGUGUUCUAUGUGUUGGCGCCCAUACCAAGCAUCAUCGCCCGCCGGAUCUCGGAGGACACCGGCGGCAGCAACCCGUGCAAGGAACUGGCGUAUUUUGUGACGGCAGCUAUUGUUGUGUCCGCCUUUGGUCUACCCAUUGUGCUGGCUCGCUCCCCUCGUCUGCCCCCUGUUAUCAGCUGGGGUGCAUGUGGCCUGGUGCUGGCGGGCAACGUGGUCACUUUCCUCACCAUAUGGGGCUUCUUCAUGAUUGCUGACAGUGACGACGUGGAGUACAGCAUGUGGUAGAGGGCACUGCUGGGUGGCACACUUGCUCCACCACCCUGCCGUUCCUUACCCAUCUCUCUCCUCCACCCUUCCGCCCCCCCACCAGCUGUCCCGGGCGCCCCAGAGGAAGUAUAUCUGUGUGCUUUGUGCGUGCUGAGUCUUACUUCAUACCAGCAGGUGUUUGGCAGCAUAUCUCUCUCCAUCCUCGGAGGCUUUCAAGUGUGUUUCAAACCUUUAUUUUAUUCCAGAUGUUGCAUUCAGAGCUGUAUUCUGAAACAUUUCUGUGCUGCACCCUCACUAUGACUUUCAAAAGGCUGUAGUUGAAGUUGCAUGGGUUUUAAGGGUGUUUUUUGUGGUUUUAGUGAUAUAUUAUUUCUAUAAUAUUGAAAAAAACACUCUUAGAGAACUUGGCUCAUCUUCGUGGCCUUAGAAAAAUAGUCGUGGUGAGAGAGCAAACCGUUUCAGAAUACAGUUGUUAUGUUCUGAUGAUGUUCUGUUGCAUUUUUGUUUGAUUAGUUUGGCUUUGCAGUACUCUUUGUGUUCAGCAGGUAGAGACGGAGGACAUAUGUGGUGUGUGGCCGAGGUGCUAGUAAGGGGCACCACUCAGGUCGUAUCUGUGGCCACACCUCCACACCAGAUUACCCUCCGUCAGGUCAGGCUACUACACAGAUAACCAAUGUCUUCAGCUCAUCUCAAUUCCUUGUUCCUAAAUGUCAUAGUGCAGUGAUUCCUCAGCCCUCAGUUCUGUUUAUUAACUUUAGCAACAUGCCAGAUCUUUACAGGAUGUCAUUUAUGCAGCCCCUUCCUUCUUUAUAUUAACAUGUACACGAACAAAGCUGUGUGUUUGAUAGACUAAGCCAUGACUGUUGAAUAAUCCUACAUACAUGUGAAGUUUGUGAUCUAUUACAGUAGUACUUAUGACCCAGUGUUGUGGUGAGCUCCUGGGGUGCAGUGCUGUACUAUUCACAUCUCUGGUCUGAUCUAUAUUCACCUGCUUUUAUUUCCCUCACUGAUUGAUUCAUUGCUCAGUCUCUGUGUGGUUGUGACUGAGAUGCCGUCAGGAAGAAGUGCAUUCCUAAACUUUACACCAACAUAGGGCUCUGUUUUGUUUACUUGGCUGCUGUCAUUGAUUGGUGACCAAGUGUGUGUUUUCCUAAUGGCUUCUGUGCUAAAGAUUCCUGUGGCUUAUUUUGAAAGGUUGUAUGAGGGAACCAGCGCGAGUCUGUGGUGCAGUGGUCAGUUCCUGAAGUAAAGGUUGUGACCUCCGUCGUGCCACAGUUUGAGAGUUUCUCAGUGAGGUGACCCGAGGUAGUGGCAAACCAGCUUGUCAUUGCCUUUCCACAACUCACAUGUGUGCAAUAUUUGACACAGUGGCUCUUUGCCAUGCAGUGAACAGGCAUGCACAGGCAGCAGGGAGUGCUGUGUGUGACAUGAUGUCAAGAACACAUUUCAGUUGUUACAAAGUUUUUAAAUAAAAUUUUAUCUGGCUAUUUUUCCCUAACAAUAUUGUGCACAGUUCAAUUCAAGCUACAUCACAUCAAUGUUUCCAGCUGCAGGUGAAACAUUUUUGCUGUACCUUUGUGUGCUGAACAACACAGUUUGAUAAACUAUACCAAGAAAAUCUUUUAUAGCACGUUGAGUUCAAUUAUUAAUCGUCACAAAUAGGUUAUGAGGACAUAUUCUGUUGUGCGUCCUCCAGGCCACCAGCUACACUGUAGUGCAGCCAUAUCAUCACCAGGCAAGGGAUGAACCACACUUUGUUGUGCAUCACAGAAGUGCCCACACUGAACCUUCGUAUAAUGUUAAGACAUUGUUUUAAACCUUGAUCUUUUCAUUUUCUGCCUUGACAAACGUGACCCUUCCUUGAAGCACCUCAGUUACUACGCAUUUUCAAAAAGAAAAAAAAACCUGUACCCCGUUUUCUUUUAAGUAGGUACAAUUGCACGGUAUUUUCCCAAUUAAUAUUAGCUUAGAAAUAUACAGGACGUUACAGCCCAGGACUUCCAUAUAUACAUUUUAAUUUUUAAUACUUGAUUAGUUGUUAGAAGUGUUAUGAGUGGUGAGGACGUAGGUUGUGCCGGGACUCAAUAGGAAUGUGACGAAGUGACCACAGUGAACAGCAGAAGGAAAGUGUGUAGUGGAGUGGCAGACAUGUUGUCCUGUGGUUCUUGGCAAGGGUGCUGUGAGUGUGACGUGUUGACUGGUGGAUGUGUGUGUGUGUGGCGAACAGGACACAGCAUAGUAGUGAGGUGUAUAAUGCAGCCAGAUGAGUAUAGACAAUCACACAACAAACUUCAUCACACUCACAGUGUUAGAAAUGUUCUCUUCUCUUGUCUGUCUCUGUGUGUUCCUCUCCAUGAAAAGAAAAGUUAUUUUGUGCAAUGACUCAUGUUGAGGCAGGGUGUGAAGUAUAACCAAGCCAGACUUCUCUCAUUCCCUAGUGUGUGUGUGAGUGGUGAGGCUGGCAGGUGGUGGAGAGAACUGGCUGGGAAGUGAAGAAGCUGCUGCUUGUAUUUCAAUAGUUCUUUUGUUUCACAUCUAACAAAUACAGCAUGUUUGUAAACAAGUAAUAGGUGAGCCCUUUGAGCUGAUCAAUUACAGUAGGGUAAGCCUUUGUUGUGUCACCUUUUACUCUCAGUUCACACGUCUGUCUUGAGGAAAUGAACAAAGGUCAACAAAGUGUAUGUGUGAUGUGUGUCUGGGAGUGAUUUCCUUGCCUGUGUGUGUGUGUGUGUGUGUGUGUGUGUGUGUGUGUGUGUGUGUGUGUGUGUGUGUGUGUGUGUGCAGCACCCACUUGUGUUCUGUACUUGAGGCAAAUUAUCAUUCAUUGGAUUAUUUCAUAACACAGAAUAAUGUUAGGCAAACAUUGAUAAGUUUUUUUGCUGUUUGAGUUUUGGUUUUCUAUAUUUAUCACAGUGGAUAGUUAUUUUUCUUGAUUUUAGUUAUGUAUUCUUUUAGUUAUAUUUUAACUUUCUAUAUGUGGCGAUGUAUUUGUUCUUUAUAAUUAUGCUUUGUUGUGAUAACUGAAUUACAGAUACAAAGGAGUCUUUUCACUACAUACACAUUGUUAGAAGAUUGGUGUCACACUUUUGAUGUACCUCAACAGAGAAUUCAAUGUUUGAACACUUUUGUAGUUGUAAUCCUUGUCAACAACAGCCGUCACCAGCGUGUGUGCCGUCACAAGUGUGGUGUCACAUGGCUGGGCGGCAAGUAGCAGCGUAGUGACUCGUCCUCACAGAUUAACCCAGCCGUACUGUCUUAGUGUUCACGUAGGGGUGUAGGGGUUGAGGCGGAGGCCGGCCAGUGGCGGCCGUCCCUCGCAGUAGGUUUUGUAUGGUAACCAAGUCUACAGUCCUGUAUAUAUGCUUGGCAUUCCAAAUAUGAGUUCAUAUAGUAAUUAUAUUAGUGUACUGUAUUUGGCUUUAAUAUUUUAAUAAAUUUAUUGAUCUCUUUUAUAGUA